AUGGAAAAGGACACUAGUUAUAUGAACCUACUGUUUAGUCAAUCUCAGACUCCAGUGGACCUUGAUUCACCUGAAACUUUUUGGUUCAGUAGCCAAGGUCCUAGUGAGUUAGUUGUCGAGCCUGUUGUCGAGUCUGCUGUCGAGUCUGGUGUCAGGAGGAAGUGGUCUCCGAAGGAGGAUAAGAUCCUUAUUGGUGCUUGGCUUAACACCAGUAAGGAUCUCGUCGUCAGCAAUGAGCAGAAAGCUGGUGCUUUCUGGAAGCGGAUUGUAGAUUACUACAACGCAAGCCCGCAGCUGGUUGGGACAGUACCGAGAGAGGUUACCUCUUGCAAGCAGAGGUGGGGUAGGAUCAACACUGACGUAUCCAAGUUCGCUGGAUGCUAUGACGCGGCUCUGAGGGAGCAGAGAAGUGGCCAAAAUGAUGAUGAUGUGAUGAAAGCUGCCUUAGACAUCUUCUUCAGUAAUAACGAGUACAAGUUCUCCAUGGAUCACUGCUGGAGGGAGCUUAGGCAUGACCAGAAAUGGUGCUCUUCCUAUGGGCCUAAGGACGGUGGAAAGGAAAAGCGCAAAAAAGUGUUGGAGGUUGAUAGAAAAGAAGAGCAAGUCGGAGAACCAGAGGGUAGACCUCCCGGGGUAAAGGCUACCAAAGCUGGUAGUAAGAAGAAGAAAAGUGGUAGAGAGGAGGAGUUGGGAAAGCUUCAGAGGGUUUUAGAAGUUAAAGAAAAACUCUUUAGAGCUAAGAUUCUUGAUUGUUUACUCGCGAAAAAAGAGCCUUUAACUGAGAUGGAAACAAGUCUUAAAAUGAAACUAAAGUCUGAAAUGCUUUGA